GACACAUAGUCGAUCUUUCCAGGUCCUGCUUCAGUCUCCUCAUUCUCCUGAUAAGACCUCUACUCUCCUCCUCGCUGCACCUCCUGAAGACCUCCCCCGCUCUCCUCCUCCUAAAGACCUCUCCUCCUCUCUGCACCUCCUAACCAGCCUCUCCCCCUCCCUCCUCUCCUCUCCUCCGCCCCUGCUCCUCUAGGUGAGCUCUCCUCUCUGCUCUCUAACGUGUCACAUUCAUCACAGCAGUGUCAGGAAUUUCAUACUCUGCUCCUAAACUGUGCUGAGGACCGUGGGGAGGACUGGGAGCAGGACAACAAGACUGGGAGCAGAAAGACCAGACUGGGACCACUACUACCAGACUGGGACCAGAGGAACCAGGACAACCAGACUGGACCAGUUCAACCAGACUUGGACUAGGGUUAGCUAGGCUGGGAACAGUCCAACAAGGCUUGAACCAGACUGGGACAACAUCCACCAGGCUGGGACCAGUUCAACAAGACUUGGACCAGACUGGGACCACAUCCACCAGGCUGGGACCAGUUCAACAAGACUUGGACCAGACUGGGACCACAUCCACCAGGCUGGGACCAGUUCAACAAGACUUGGACCAGACUGGGACCACAACCACCAGGCUGGGUGCAGGGAACCCCGAGUGGUGGCCUAGAAGGUGUCAGUAGGGUCCGGGUCCCCGAGGACCCUCUCCCUCGUGAGGCCGGUUCCCGACACACCGGCCCUGUUCUGGGGCGACGAUGAGGGUCCCUGCCCCCCCCUCCCCCGUGGUGAGCUCCAUGCCCGCCCUCCCUCUCCUCGGAGGCAGCUAGGCCUGCCUCGAUCAACACCUAAGAGAACCUCCAGACCCGGAGGAGUCGGGAAUCGAACCGGCAACCCUUCACCGUUUCCCGGCCGUCAGGACUCGGGUGCGGCGGGGCAUGCACCGCGGGAGGCGGUGAACACCCCCCCCCCCCCCCCCCCGCCGUGACACCCCCUCGGGAGUAUGGUAGUUGCUACGGCAACGGAGGCGGCGACGGCGUUGGGGAUGGUCUGGUUGCUGGUUCAAGGCCUUGCCGCCUCUGGGCAAAGCAGUGCAUGCUGGGAGCGGACAGGUCCAGGGUUGGCGUGGAACAACAGCUGUCCAGGUCCAGACCCCUACGUUAUGUUCCUCCACGGCGAGGCGCUCCACCGGAUGGAUCUGGACGGAGGGAACCACCGCCGGGUGGUGUCGGGGGUGGGCCGGGUGGUGUCGGAUGGAGGCCGGGGGGGGUCCGGUCCCGGUUUGGGGGUUCUGCUGGACUACCACUACACCCAGCGCAGCCUGUUCUGGGCGGAGCGCAGCACGGGGGUCCUCUACCGCGCCGGACUCUCCGGACCCCCCAGACAGAAGCUGGUCUCCAGCCAGCGGGGGGUCUCUGGGCUGGCUGUGGAUUGGCUUGGGGACCGAGUGUACUGGACCAAUGAGGAGCAUAGAGACGCCCCGACCAAUGAGGCGACAGGAGACAUCAGGAGCGUCAGCCUCACGGGGGGGAACCAGGAGAUGGUGGUCUCAGGUCUGGAGCGGCCCUGCUGCCUGGUACUGGACCCAAGACAGAGGGUCUUGUUCUGGCUGUCUGGAGGUCCCGUCUCCAGCAUCCAGAGGGCGGACCUGUCCGGUCGGACCCCUGCUGCCUUGCUCGCGGUGCGGGGGCAGCUGACGGCGCUGACCCUGGACCUGGCGGACCGGAGACUCUUCUGGGCGCGGUUCGGCUCCAACCUCCAGGCCGCCAUCUGCUCCUGCGACUAUGACGGGGAGAACGUCACCAUCAUGAACCCGCCCCUCAGGUCUUCGUCAGUCUGUCUGUCGGUGUUCCUCGACGAGGUCUUCUACAGCGACUCCGCCUCUCAUUCCAUCCAACGCAUCAACAAGUACUCCGGUGUCCCGCUUACGGACGUGAACCUCCAGCCAAUGAGCAGAGCCCCUGUGGGCCUGAGGGUGGUGCACCCCCUAAACCAGCCUAUAGGAGGCGGCAUGCUGCUGACACCAGGCUGUGACGACCGGACUGGUGAGUGUGUGGACGUUUGCUCCAGUUCUCAACCGGGAGUUUGCCAGUGCGGCGAGGGCUUCACUCUCAGUUACCAUGGAAACUACUGCGAAGAUGUUAACGAGUGUGCUCUGUGGAACCACGGCUGCUCGCUGGGCUGUGAGAACCUGCCCGGUUCCUACGCCUGCUCCUGUCCUGAGGGAUACGCCCUCCUGGCAGACCGCAAGUCCUGCCACGAGGUGAGGAUGUGUGUUGGGGAGCUAAGGGGGUGUGGUCUGGGUUGCCUGGAUACGGAGGCGGGGCCAAUGUGUGUCUGUCCUGAGGGCUCAGUUCUGAUGGACAACGGACGACAAUGUACUGAUUCUUCAAAUCAGUUUCCCGGUAAAAACACGACUCUGAACGAUGAAGGUCCGCUCUCUGCUGAGGAAGAGGAGGACCAGGAGAAGACCUUCACUGAGAAGAUGGUGGCAGACCAGGAGGGCUGCGGGUCUCCAGGCUGCCACGUGCACGCUCGCUGUGCACAGGAGGAGGGGCGCCUGGCGUGCCGCUGUGUCCACGGUUUCCAAGGCGACGGGAGGCUGUGUGUUGACAUUGACGAGUGUUCCUCGGGGACCCCCCCCUGUGACCGCAGCGCUGAGUGCCACAACAGCCCGGGGAGCUACCUGUGCAGGUGCCGGCUGGGUUACCAUGGAGACGGGACCACCUGUGAGGAUACCAGGACCACAGUCUCCAUGGUGACCGCUAGCCCCACCCCCUCCCUGCCCCGUCGUCACGGUGACUCGCUAGGGGGCUGUCCGGCAAGCCACGCCUCCUUCUGCCUCUACGAGGGGACCUGCAGAUACCUCGCCGAGAUGGAGGCCUUCGCCUGCAACUGUGUAGCAGGCUAUAUGGGGGAGCGUUGCCAGUUCAACGACCUCCAGUGGUGGGAGCUCCAGGAGGCCAAGCAGGAGAAGAGGAAGAGCGUGGCUAUCGUUGCCUGCAUGCUGCUCCUCAUCAGCCUCCUCUUCAUCACCGCCACCGCCAUCUACUGCUACAGAAGGAAAAGAUUCCUUCAUAAACAGCCAUCAGUUGAGGACCUGAGUGAGACAAGUGUGACAGAUGACAGCUCGUCUGAGGCAGCCAGUGGGUUGCCCCGGGUCUUUGUGAUUUUGGGUGGAGUAGAUGGAGGAGAAGGUGAUGCUGACCCUUCCCAGGUGGUAUCGGUCGCCAUGGAGACCAGGGCAGGGGCACAGACUCUGAACCUCAUCCUCCUGGAUGACCCUGGACCGCCGACCCCUGUGCCCCCUUUGACCCCUGUACCCCCCCAACCCUGAGGCCAGAUGCUAGGGGUCACCAGCCUACGGUUCAUAUUAAUACACUAACACACCCUGUGUCUGACACACACUCUGCCCCAUGGAGUGAUGCCGGGACACAGAGGGCUGAGCUUAAACAGGGCCGACCCAAUCCCUUAUAUACCUAUCUGAGCCCAUGUGGCCUCACACACUCACUCACUUAAGUUAAUUAACACCUGAGAUCAGUUAAGUCUGUGAGUCCUUAGUCCUUUGUCCUCAGGGCUCACUUUGGGAUAGGGCCAAUAUGUUGUUCUGCAUGGUGGUGUUACUGCCCAGAACAGACAGAGGUUAACUGGAAACUCUGUGCAGUAAAUGAGCUUAUACACACGCCACGACAAACCAUACCCUUCCUUGUAUAGUUGGUAGAAGUUUUAGUUUAGUGGAUUUAAUCUUCUUUGUGGUCGUGAUAUUGCCGAUUGUGUUCUGCGAUAAAUAAAAGUUUCUGUUUGAUCAGUUUAUAUCCCGCUGGUAUCCUGGACCGACGCAGUUCUGUGGCCAGACUUUAUUUUAUCUCAAAACAUGAACGGAAACAGUUUAACAUUCUGAGCAAAAUCAGAAUUAUUAUGAAGUUCCUCCACUAAACCGAUUUUACUUCUAUGCUUUUUCCUGUGUAGGCCGGUGGUGGAAGGUUAGACUUGGAGCGGAGAUGCUAUAUUUAUUUUUCUACUGCUGUUGUCUAGCGCUGUACAGACGGUGUCUUACUGAAGACGGCCACUAGGGCUGAUGUUAUACCAACCGAAAUAUCACAACGGAUAUCACAUCAUAACACGAUAAACGCUAAACAUAUCUCGGGACAAUGCUGCAACAUGGUUAAGUAAAAUUAAUGAAUUGAUCAGUUUAUAGAUAUUUGUAAAUGUUGCUGGUAAUAAAAUCAAACUGUUGAAAA